AUUAUAGUCUCUACUUAAAAGUACACAAAGCAGUUCAACCCAGAACACCAAAUGCUGACAUCUUCACCACCUUCAGAACCUCAGAUCUCACAUAUAUCUCAAACAUAAAAUCCUACUUCACAUAUGUCUGUAUAUCAUUUUGCUCUUGUAUGUACCAGUGCUUUAUAUAUGAUAUUCCUGAAUUGUCUUCAGUAUGAUCAGUUAUUAGCUAGUAAAACAAAACAGUGACAUUUUGAGGUACAGAUUUUAACUAACUAACUACUAGAUGGCUUACAGAACCUGAAGGUUCAUCACUGAACUCACUAAUCCUAAUCCUUGGAAGAGAACAAGAAUAAAAAGAAAUAACAGUGCUAUCCAAAAGCACUCAUGUGGAUUAAAUCAACAUCAAAAGAACAUGAAGCAUUCCACAAAUCAGUGCAGCUGCAAACAUGGUUCUCCAGCUAAUAUGCUUGUAAUUUUUUAUAAUUUCAUUGAGUUUAUCAAUUCUCAUCCUUUAGACAUUUUUAUGUAACCUGAACAUCAUCCUGUGUGAUACACUAACUUGAGAUAAAGCACCCUCAUGCUGUAUGCUUCUGGUAUUAUUAAGGAUGUUACAUCAGUAUUAUACAUGGAAGCUGUGUAGAUUACUUUUCAAGAGAGGCCAUUAAUAGGUGGGAUUACAGUAUAUUAGAACAGUUUUUAAUCUGAUUGGAAAAUAGCUAGUAAUUGUCUAAUUAGAUGUGCAUUACAGGAAGAAAUCUCUUGUAUUAUUGUAGUGAAUUUACAGUUGUUUUUUUUUCAAAGUUGUGGGCUGCUUUUAAAGGAGUGUUACAACCACUGAUACCAAAAUGGUGGAUGCCACAUAAGAAGAAAUUAGCCUCCCUUCAGAUGGAGAUAGAAAUUAUUUUGAGGAGUGGAUUGUUGUUGGAUGAUGACAGUCACUUUCUGGAAAGUCUUGAUCUUCCAACAGAUUUUAUGAAUGACAAGCCAUUGUGGACUGAAAUAUCCCUUCUCCACGGAAUAUUACUUUGUGGUACCAUGUUCAUAUGGAAGAGAAAAGUUAUUCAUGGACUUUUCCCAGUUCUUUACUCCUUGCUUGCUGCAGAACACGUCCUCAGUAAUUGGCACUUCUCAAUGCAAAGAACCAGGAUGUCUGAUGCAGUGACGAAACUGCUCAGCUGCUGUAAAGAUCUGUACUUCCUUCAGAGAAAGUCAUUGCAUUUUGUGCAGGAGAAUGAGCUUCUUUUCAGGGGAUUUACACUAGCAAAGACUUCAAGUGUAGCAUUUUGCUUAGAAAGCACAGCUGCACCAUGUCUGGCCAAGAAGUGGUAUGUCAUGUCAGGUCUCAGAGUGUUAAUUGCUCGGUCUACACUUGAAGCUAUAAAUACCCUGCAGAUCUGUACAAAAACACUUGUGAUGAGCUGUCCACUGUCUGGCCAGUUGGAUAAAAGUAACCAUUACUUAGCAUUCCUUGGCAAAGAAGGACUGGGGAUUGCAGAAAUCAACACUGAUGAAGGUACUGAAUUGCCACUUGGAAUACUGAAGAAACUACAUGAAGUGUAUGUUCUCCUUCAGUCAGAAUUCCUUAGGCGCCUAGCUCUUUGUUUUCUAGUGAAAUUGUGGAAAGAUGCAAGACAGAAUAUACUUCCAGUUUUCACUCUUGUAAGUGAUGUGUCUGCUAAAUUUAGUGAAUAUUUAAGUAAUUUGAAUCAGGAUUAUAAAUUCUUUAGUUGCUAUGGUUUAAGUGCUGUUGAUGAUACGUCUUUGAAAAUGCCUAAGAGGAAGCCGUGGAGAUACUUCAAUGCUUAUGUUGGAAUACACAGUGCGCGAUUACAUCUACAGGGCAUGCUGCAUAGAACAAAGGAGAUUGAGGAAUUACUGGAAACUCAUACUGAUGAGACUGAAGCUGCUGAAAACAACACACUUUCCCAAAAUUUGAAGAAUGCAUUAACUGACAUUGUCACAGAACUUCAUUCUUGUACGAGUUGUUUACAGGUAGCAAUAAGUCAGUUUUCAGUGCUGAAUCAACCAUCUGCACAGUAUUCUGCCAUAAAGGCAUCUGAGAUAUUAAACCAUAAUAAAAGUGAAGAAAAACAGAAGCCUAUUGUAGUGGGGUUCACUGAUUUAGAUCCCCAAAUAGAAGAUGAAGUUUUUGAAGCAGUUAUCAGUCAUGGUAACACUGGCUUUGAUGACGAUGAUGAUGGUAAUUUGAUGUCUCUAAAUGCUGCAGACAGAAUUAAAUGUCAGCUGGAAAAGGAAUGUUCUGACAGAAUGCUUUUGGAACUGAAGACAGUUCUCAUUCAUAAGGCUCAUGAAUGGGAAGAGAGAGAGGCCAAGGCACUCAGAAAAAAAGGUAUACAGAGUGCAGAAAAGGCAGAUAUUGAAGACAGAGUUACUGUAGAAUCAUCAGAAAGUGUCUUGCAUUUUGACCGUGACUAUAACAGUGGAGCAGUACCUGAAAGAGCAGAUAGGCAUGUCAGUCUAAGCGAACGGCUGAAUCAGGGAAAGAUUGUUGCUGCUACGCUAGAGACUAUGGAACGUGACAACAGCAUAGUGAAUGAUCCUUUCACUUCAUUAGCAAUGAAACCAGAAGGGAACUGGCCUUUACCAAGACUAAAAACAGGAAAACUAUUCAGUUCUGGUAUUGUAACUUCAAGUAAUGUUGAAGCAUGUCACACAGCAGGAGAACACGUUAAGACUUUGAUUGUCGGGGCUUCUGCAGUUCAACCUAAGUAUGCUGGCUAUGAUGUCAGUGAAGAAACUUUCAGUGGAUCAGGUGAGAACUCUAGCAGCAGUGAAUCAGAGAACAUUGACUAGUAAAAUAUGGUAAAUAAAUUAUUUAUAUUAUUUAUAAUGCAUGACAGUUUAUUUUUUAAUCAUUCAUGGAAAACAGCCACUGGGGAUAAAUCUGCAUUUCCUAUAAAAGACUGGUAAAAUGUAAUAUUUUUGUCAGAUAUCAUGUCUUAUUCUGUGGCAAUAGAAACACUUAUGUUUAGUGAGAAAGAUUUUACAAAUACAUUUCCUAUUAGAGCAUUCUUAACAUGUUUAGGUCUUAGGGAUAUAAUAAACUGAGUUUUUAUACAUUCAGCUGAAGGUAAGCAUUUCUAGAGUGUCAACAGAAUUAUUUGGAACAAGCCCAUCUUAUAACAACAUGCAAUUCAGUA